ACGAAAUAGCCAUGGUCACAUUGUGUGAGACACUGUCCCGAGAUGUUACUACAGUCUGAACAGUGCUGACCGUCUCUGCAUGGUGCAACUGGAACAGAUUUCUGAAAGUAAAGCAGCAACUUCCGCGAUGUGGCUACUUGCAGUUUUACUGGGGAUCACUUUACCGGUGCAUGGCGAUGAGGGAUGCGACUGGGGAAUGUAUGGCGAGAACUGCGACAGGACCUGCCCCUCCAACUGUGCCAUUGUCCCACCCAGAAACCUCAGUUACUGUCAGAAGUACACAGGGAAAUGUUCUGAGGGAUGUGUUCGUGGUUACCAUGGCGACCAGUGUAACAUAUUCUGCAGCGGAGGCUGUUUAAACGAAACCUGCAAUACCGGAGAUGGAUAUUGUACGUUAGGUUGUAAACAGACCUACAUCGGGGAUUUCUGCAAUGAGACUUCAGGUAUUUUGGCAGUCCCAUCAACAGUGACAACCACGGCAGCCCCCGAUGACAACAAUCUUGCUGCUAUCCUUGUCCCAGUGUUCCUCAUUAUCCUCAUCGUCUGUAUCAUCCUUGCUGUGGUAGUGUUCAGACUGAGAUCGAGGAGAAGGGCAGAAUCGAACAGAAGAUAUCCCAAUAACGAAUACAGUACUCCUGAAGCUGUUCCCUUGACUGAGAAGCCGCCUGAAGCGGAGCAGCCUGAAGCAGACCAUUUUGAGUCACCAGGAAACGAGGAUACACACAAGAAUGUUCCCAACAUUGACAAGCAGCCGACAGAUCAGCCGUCCAGGGAGAAGGACAUCAGUGACCUGUUCGUGGAAACUGAGGGUUACCGGAAGGUUAAAGACAAACUGGAAACACUUGGCCACGUGACAAUAAGUGGUGUCCCGGGAGCAGGCAAAACAUCCACGGCCCUGAUGCUGGGAGCUGAAUACAGGAGACAGGGGUAUGAAGUGGUACUGGUUGAGGACGUUGGUUCUUUCCAGUUGUCUGAUUGUCUGUGUAAGGACAAAGAUGUCUGUGUCAUAUUCGAUGACAUAUUUCAGAACGCUGGGCCAUCCAUGGACGUACAUCGCCUGAGACAAGUUCUGUAUGAGCUCCAUGGACAUCUUGAACCCUGGAAAACGAAGAUGGAAAGAAGAUACAACAUCCUGCAGCAGACACCAGGGACCGAACAAAGAAGAAAAGAUCGUCCGAACGUAUAUAUCAUAUUCACUACAGAUUCCAACAACCUUGAACAUGCAAUGCCAAAACUCAAAGAACCUAUAUUGUUCCAAAAUUCUUCAGUAGUAGACUUGAACAAAUUGAUGACAGGUGAAGAGAAGAAGGCCAUUUGGCUGAAACAUAAAAAUCAUUACGACUGUAAAACUGAGGUCGACGUAGACAUAAUUAUUGCAUACGAGGAAAGGGUUGGUUUUCCUCUGGCAUGCAAGCUUUUCUCAAGAUAUGCUCCCUUUAAAAAACACAAAGAAUCGUUUUUUGAAAUGCCUAAAUUCCAUCUAAAACAUGAACUGCAUACGAACAUAAAUCACCAGGACGAUCAGUCAGUAAUAUUCCUGUUGAAGUCACUAUGUGGAGGUGAACAGAAUACAAGAAAACGCCACACUGAAUCUUACAACAAAAUACAAGACACACACAUGAAGGAUGUCUUGGCCCUUGUCUCAUGUUCCCAUCCUCUAAUACAAGACAUGUGUAUGUCUGCCAUAUUGAAUACUAAACCAGAGCUGUUCCUCCAUAACUGUAGUUUAAAGUUCAUCUGUGACCAUGUACGUGAUCAGCAGCAUGACCCUGCUCCAGCAGAACAGACUGUCAUUUAUUUCCCAGGUACUCACAGUGACGUAAUUACUGCCAGACUGGCUGAAGCUAUUGCUGAUGGCACUUUCAGUAACUACAUCAUGCAUCCCAUCUGGAAAAGGAAAGAAGUUGCAGACAAAGUGAAUCAAUUGUUUCCAGAUGAUUGGAUCAAGUCUCAUGAUACAAAGCACUGUAUUCUCCAUUAUGCCUGUUUCAUGGGGAAUAAUGACAUCAUAAAACGACUCCUCCCCCAUUGUGACAUCAACAGACGUGCAGGGAAUGGUUGGACGCCAGUUAUGUUUGCAGUUACCGGUGGACAGAUGGACAGUUUGAAACUUCUAGUGGAUCAUAAAGCUGAUAUCACACUGUGUGAUGCCAUGAACAAUAACCUGUUACAUUUGGCUUGUCAGUAUGGAAAUAUUUCACUUGUCCAAUAUGUUGAAAGAACGCUGAAGAAAAGUAACACUUGUCGUAUCAACAGUCGAGGAGUGAAUGGCUGGACACCGAUUAUGCAUGCAACUGUCGCGGGCAAGAAUGAUAUCUUUGAUUAUCUAGUCAAACAAGGCAGAAGUGAUUUAACCUUACGGGAUAGCAACAACAACACUGUUCUUCAUCUGGCAUGUAUGUAUGCCAAUAAAACCAUUGUUAAUUCGUUGUUACCAUCAACAGACAAAGAUUGUCAAGGGAAAAACGGCAUGACGCCUGUGAUGUGUGCUCUAUUGUCAGGGAGGAUGGAUGUGUUUAACCUCCUCGUGUCACAAAAUGCAGACACGGCAUUGACUGACGAUGAUAACAACAGUCUCCUUCAUUUAGCCUGCCUCUUUGAUGACAUACCCGGCAUCCUACUAACAAAGAUUGACGCUGAUACUCAAGGAAAUCAGGGUUGGACACCUCUAAUGAAGGCAGCAGUCAAUGGAGCAAAACAUGCAUUUGACCAGCUGGAUAAAGCAAAGGCUGAUCUUCACCCGAAAGACGACAACAACAACAAUAUCCUUCACCUGGCAUGUCAUGGUGGACAUGUCUCCAUUGUGAAACAUGUACUGACAAUGUAUGACAUCAACAGUCGUGGGAAUAAAGGAUGGACGCCAGUUAUGUAUGCAGCUGCCAGUGGAGUGAAGGACGUGUUUGACCUGCUUGUGUCUUCGGGGGCUGACUUGUCUUUGAAGGAUGACUACAGCAACUCUGUAUUCCAGUCAGCAUGUGUAGGUAGGAACCUAUCCAUUGUGGAAUGCCUACUGCCAAAAUCUGAAGUCAACAGUUCGGAUUACCUCGGCAGGACUGCACUUAUGGAAGCUGCUGAGUCAGGGCACAUUCGUGUUUUCGAUUUUCUUGGGUCACAAAAAAAUCAUCUUAUACAGACUGACGACUUCAAUAACACCGUCUUACAUUUUGCAUGUGAGGGAGGGAAUGUAGACAUUCUUCAACAUCUGCUGACAACAGCUGAUCUCAAUGCGAGGGGAACGAAUGGCUGGUCACCAGUUAUGGUAGCAGCUCGAUUUGGAAAGUCAGAUGUUUUCAACUUGCUUGUUUCAAAAGAAGUGGAUCUCACUCUGAAAGACGACCACGGUAACAACAUGCUUCACCUCGCUUGUCAGGGAGGAAGCAUGUCGAUCACAGAGCAUCUGCUACCACUGUUUGACAUCAACAGCCGUGGACAGGAUGGCAGGACGCCUGUGAUUUACGCAGCUGUCAACGGAGUGAAGUGUUUGUUUGAUCUGCUUGUCUCAGGGGGAGCUGAUACAUCGCUGAAGGAUGACCACAACAAUUCCGUGUUUCAUUUAGCUUGUCUGGGUGGAAAUAGAUCAAUAGUGGAACAACUACUUCCAAAUGUAGACAUCAACACUUUGGAAGACAGUGGGAGAACAGCAAUCAUGGAGGCAGCUUUUUCCAGAAACAAAAAUGUUUUCGAUUUUCUGAUCUCAAAGAACGCCGAUGUGAAAGUGAUCGAUGACUACAGAGACAGUGUCCUUCACUCAGCAUGUAAGGGAAGCGAGUCCACGAUCGUUCAGCUUGUUCUCCAAAUGUUUGACGUCAAUACCAGGGGAAAGAAGGGUAUGACACCAGCGAUGAUAGCAUCCUCUUUAGGAAACAGACACCUGUUCAACGUGCUUGUGUCACAGCAAGCAGAUCUCACUCUAACUGACGACCAUGGUAACAACAUGCUGCAUCUCGCCUGUCAGGGAGGAAACUGGUCCAUCAUAAAGCAUCUGCUUCCACUGUUUGACAUCAAUGCUCGUGGACAAGAUGGCAGGACAGAUGUGAUGUACACAGCCCUAAAUGGAGUGAAGAGCGUGUUUGACCGUGUCUCCACGGGAACUGACAUGUCACUGAAGGAUGAUUACAACGCGCCACUAUUUCAUUUAGCUUGUCGUGGUGGAAACACUUCAAUUGUAGAACACCUCCUACAGCGGAGUGAUAUCAAUCACCAGGGAUUCAACAACAGAACAGCAGUAAUGGAAGCAGCCUUGGCAGGCAAAGCUAAUGUUUUUCAUCUGCUUGUGUCUAAGGAGGCUGAGCUGAAUCUGACCGACAACUACAAUGAUAACGUUCUACAUUUUGCAUGUCUUGGCGGAGACACAGCUAUUGUAAGGAAUCUUCUGAAGAUGAUGGACAUAAAUGCUAAAGGACGAAAUGGCUCCACACCAGUUAUGCAUGCAGCUUGGGCUGGACAGAAGAAUGUGUUCAGCCUCCUUGUGUCACAAAACGUUGAGAUGAAGCUGCUGGAUCUCUCCAGGAACAAUUUACUGCAUCUUGCUUGUCAGGGAGGAAACACGUCCAUCAUAAAGUAUCUCCUGCCUCUGUUUGACAUCAACAGUCCGGGAGAAGAUGGAUGGACGCCAAUAAUGAUGGCAGCUCUCAGUGGAAAGAAGGAUGCUUAUGAUCUGAUUGCAGCAAAUGGGGGUAUUCCAUCUUUGACGACUCCACAGAAUGAUAAUGUUCUUCACGCAGCUUGUCAAGGUGGGAACAAAGCCAUUGUUAGGAAAGUGAUUGACAGCUUUGGCAUCAAUACAAGAGGUAAGAAUGGUUGCACGCCUCUGAUGAGAGCUGUUGUUGGAGGCCAUAUGAGUGUGGUGAAGUUCCUGAUGUCCCGGCAUGCUGACCACACUCUAGUGGACAAGGAUGGACUCACUCUUCUACAUCUUGCUUGUAGGUAUGGCCACCUUGACAGUGUGAAGCAUAUAUCAGACAAGUUCAAUAUAGACACUCAAGACAAAGGUGGUUUAACAUGCAUCAUGACAUCAGCGUUAUAUGGACAAGUAGCAGUGUUUGACUACCUGAGAAGUAGAGGCGCUGAUCUGACACUGGUUGACACCACAGGUGAUGACGCCUUAAAUAUUGCCUUUAAAGUGAACUGCAGACAAAUCAUAGAAACACUUACAUCAGGUGGAGAGUCAGAGAGGAAUGUCAAGCCAUUGAAUGACAUAAUGAGGUCAAUAGUGAGGGCUGAUGUGUACCAUCUGAAUAUGUACGAACCAGACAGAGCUUAACUUCGGGAGCUGACAAAUGAAACUGACCCACGGAACUAUGGAAAAAACUGUUGAAAUCAAGUCUUACGUGCACCAGCUGAAUAUUUACAGAAACAGAAAGUAACUCCGAGACCUGGCAGUUACUGGAGACAGGAAAAGGAGCAAACUCAAGAUAUCAAUAUGGAAUAAAAAGAUGAAGUCAACUGUGAUGGCUGACGUGGACUAUCUGAACAUAAACAUGCCAAACAGGGAGUCAGAGAUGAAACAAAUAAAGAUAAAUUCCCCGCUAUGGCUGACGUGGACCAUCUGAACAUAUACAAGCCAAACAGGGAGUUGGAGAUGAAACAGGUAAAGAUACAUUCCCCGCUAUGGCUGACGUGGACCAUCUGAACAUAUACAAGCCAAACAGGGAGUCAGAGAUGGAACAAAUAAAGAUAAAUGCCCCGCUAUGGCUGACGUGGACCAUCUGAACAUGUACAAGCCAAACAGGGAGUCAGAUACGAAACAGGUAAAGAUAAAUUCCCCGCUAUGGGGUCAGGUACUUAGCUUGAACGUCUACAGUUACAGAAAUCUUUGGUAAAGAGGACGAUUACUAAGCUUGAAGGACUUCAGUUAAAGACGUCCGUGCUAGUGGAGGCAAUUACGUAGCUUGAAGGUCUACAGUUAAAGAAAUCAUUGAUGAAGGGGGCAAGUACUAUAGUUGAAAAAGUCCAGAUCUGAUUCUGACUCAUCAAAUUCCAGAGAAGAUAUCAUGAAAAUAGCCUGAAGAGGCAGCAAUGAGUCUUUUGACAUAAUGAGGAACAUGCAUGAUGUGCGUGCAUAAACUAUUCACUGAAUGUA